AUGGCCGAGAAUUCCUUUCAUCUCUUUCCUAGGCUGCCGACAGAGCUGCGACUUCAGAUAUGGCGCUUAUGCAUCCCAUAUCGCGUAUGGGACAUAGAUUUGCCGACCGAUGAGGGCAUUUAUGAUAAGCCUAAUGCCGAUGGGUCCUAUCCCUGCAAAGUCACUCCCACAGCGAAACUGAAUGGGCUUCCACCCGUCAUCAUCCGUGUUUGCCAGGAGUCACGCAACGUUGCCAAAGAAUCAGGGGGUAUCUUUACGGAAGAUACCUAUAAGGAUUUACCACACGAUGCUGGUUUUGUCUCUACUACAACUAAUGGGAUUGCCGACGAUUUCUGGGUAGACACCAAGCGAGAUUCUGCGCAUCUCAAUUGGACCCCUUAUUACGAAUCAAUUUACCAAAACAGCUUUGGUAGUGCAUUGGCCUAUCUUGCGUGGCACAGUCGCCUGGUAACUGGUCGUCCCUCAAUUAUGGGCGACUGGGCUGCUAUGAUAGUCGACCAGAAAGAAGAGAGGUUUGAUGUUUUCGAACAGAUACCUAGCUGGUGGGUUAUUAUGCGUGUUGUUAUUAUCCAUGCUAGCUUCCGAGAAGCCGCGCAGACUGGUUUCUUUGGGCUGCUAGGCGACGCAUCCGUGCAAAUUGUCUCCUUGUCUAACGAGGAGAAAGCCAAUGCGCUGUACGACUUUGCCGAUGAAUGCGAUCGCAAGGCUUCUUCUGCUAAGGCGAUCCAAAGGGAUUCCUCGAAAUCUUUAAAGCAGGAGCUAAAAGACAAUUUUGAGAGGAAAAGAAUAUCCGAAAAUAUAUCGGCGAGAAUGCAUCCAGCCAUCAUGUUCCGCCUUUGCACAUCGAAGUGUAAUAGCCCCAACGAGGGUUUAUCAUCUUAA